UAUGGUGUUGACAUCUCUGUUACACCUUCAUUGUAUCUUUAUGAUAUCUUUCUUUUAUCUAUUUGAUCUUUCAUCAUAUCAAUUCUAUCAUCAUGCUAUUGGUUUCAUAAAUCCAUCAAAGGAGAAGUCAAAUCGAACAACAGUACAUUCUACUUUAGCUCAUCAAACAGCACCAACCUUUUUCAAAUACUCCAGAACUUUAAAAAGUAAAAGUGAUGGCCCCUGAAAGAAAUCCAAAUCCACUGGACUUAAAUGAUCUUCCAGAUUGCAUACUGACAACCAUUCUAAGUAAAGUUCCUUUGAAGCAAGCAGUGUGUUGUUCAAUCCUCUCUAAAAGAUGGAAAUUUAUUUGGACAUCUUUACCCAACUUUAAAAUUUCAUCGGUAGAUUUGUCCUUUUCUUCAUGUAGCUGCAUUGUUGAUGGUAUUUUUGAGCAUCAUUCAGGUUCCCUUCAACUUUUUGAGUUUGGUAUUCCCCUCUACAAUGAGAUAAGUGACAAGAUUUCUGAGUGGAUUCAGCGUGCUGCUUUGAUAGAUGUGAGAGACAUUAAAAUUGAAGGGAACACCAUAAAUUUUUUUGAGGUUCCCACAUCCAUUUUCUUAUGCCACAGCCUCAGAUCUUUGUCUCUGAAGAGUUUUUGUUUCAGAAAUAUGCCCAACUAUUUUGUUGGUUUAGCUGGCCUAGAAACACUCAAUUUUGAGAAUGUUGAGCUGAAUGACAACGUCAUUUAUCUCAUGUUGCAAUUAUGUCCAGUUUUGAAGAUUUUAAGCAUUUUUGAUUGCCGUGGACUCAGGAGAUUAAGGAUAUUUUCAGACAGUCUUGUAACCCUAAAUCUCUGCUCCCAGAUCGAGGCAAUAACAGCAAAUUGCCCAACAUUGGCGAACCUUCUAUUAAUGAAAAAGUUUGGUAAUGUGGUUGAGAUGGCAUACUACUUACCAGCAUGUUUAAGCCUAUGUACAGAUGCUGCACAAUUCAGAAUGUUUACAACUUUAAAGUCACUGAGAAAAAUUACCUUAGUGAACCUGAUUCAAAAGCACGAUGUACCGAUUCUCAGCGAAUUUCCUAAUUUAGAACAAUUGUGCAUAGGCAACGAGGCCUACAGUGUACCGAUUCUAAGCGAAUUUCCUAAUUUAGAUCAAAUGUUAGGCAACGACGCCUAUAAUGCAUUGGAAUCUCUUUGGUCUAAUGGUGCAAUGCAUGAAUUUCUUUGGUCUAAUGCUCUAAUUCCAGAAAGUUCAGCAUCCUCCUUACUCAAAAAUCUAAAACGGGUUCAUCUUAAUAUGACCCUAUUUUAUGACCCUACGCCUCUGCUUACCUAUUUACUUCCACGCGCUCCUGCUAUGAAAAGCUUGUUAGUUUCCCGGGAAGAAGGAUUCAAAGGCAUUAAUGCUCAGCGACUUAUGAACAGAUUGUUGAAUCUUCAGAAAGAAUUUACACAAACCAAAAUUCUCUUCUCGCAGGAUACUGUGAAGGAAGGGAGAUGCCUCUGCGAUCUUGAGUAGUUUAUUUGAUAUCUGGAGAUCUUAAAGAUUCUGACAGUUGUUUAGUGCUUGCAUUUACAAUUUAUUUUGGUUAAUUUUGCAGUUGUAUAAUUACAAAGGAGAUAGAAGUAUGUGUCAAAUUUUAUCUGAACUUAAUAAGCAAGAGUAAAUUUUA